AUGGCUCUUCCAGCAUCGUCCACAAGCUUCCUCCCCUCCUCCAUCCGCCACGACCAAUCCUCUCCCUUAUUCUUCAGAAAGCCUCGCUCCUCCUCCUCCUUCACCUCCUCCGGCGCCCGAUUCACGACACACGCUUUGAAAAUUGAAGAUCGAGAGAUUGGGAGGCGUACGGCGAAUUGGCAGCCUAGCCUUUGGGACUAUGGCUCUGUGCAGUCGUCACUCGGUGUUGAUUACACGGAGGAUAUAUAUACCGAACAAGUACAGAGGUUAAGGGAAGAAGUCAAGGGUCUUUUCGACAGGGAGAUGAAACAGGUGGCCAAGCUCGAGUUCAUUGACGUUGUUCAAAGACUAGGACUGGGAUACCAUUUCGAGAAGGAGAUAAAGAACGCUCUCGGUUCCAUCCAUAACAACACCGAAGAUGCUGAGCUUUCGGAUGAUCUCUGUGCUGCUUCCCUUCGUUUCCGGCUACUCAGGCAACAUGGAUAUAUGGUACAGCAAGAUGUGUUCCAAAGGUUUAUGAACAAGACGGGCACAUUCAUCAAAUCACUCAUUAAGGAUGUGAAGGGGCUUCUCGGUCUUUAUGAAGCUUCUUUUCAUGGAUUGGAAGGUGAAACCAUACUUGAUGAAGCUUGGGACUUUGCUUCUACGCAUCUGCAAAGAAUAAACCUCGACGAAGUUCCCACAAAUUUAGCGAGCCACGUGAGGCAUGCAUUAGAUAUGCCGAUCCACUGGAGGCCAAAUAGGUUGGAGGCUCGGUGGUUCAUGGACAUGUACGAGAAACAGCAAGACAUGAUCCCCUCUUUGCUACGUUUGGCUAAAUUAGACUUCAAUUUAGUGCAGUCAGUCCACAAGAAGGAAGUUAGCAAUAUGGCAAGAUGGUGGGUUGAACUUGGCGCGAACAGGAUGAGCUUCUUUAGGGACAGGCUAGUGGAAGCCUAUUUUGCGAGCAGCCUAAUGGUUUUUGAACCUCAAUAUACAACUUUUAGAGAAAUGAAUACGAAGAUCUGUUGUAUGGUGGUACUUAUCGAUGACGUUUAUGAUAUAUACGGGACGCCGGAAGAGCUUGAGCUCUUAACAGAUUUCAUUGUCAGGUGGGACAUCACCGAAGUCGAUAGGCUUCCUCCAGCAAUAAGGGAUAGUUUCAUGGUCUUAUACAACACAACCAACGAAAUUGGAUAUUGGACGAUGAGAGAGAGAGGGAUCAACCCCAUUCCUUACAUGCGGAAAGCGUGGGCCGAUGAAUGCAAGGCGUACAUGAAGGAGGUCCAUUGGUACGACAAGGGCAUUAAACCGACGCUGAAGGAGUACAUGGACAUUGCGGUGGAUUCAGUCGCCGGGCUGAUCACGCUGUUGGCCAGUUACUUCCUAACCACGGAUAAAUUGAUGGAAGAGGGACUUGAUUACGUAUCGAAAAUCCCGAGUGUCGUGUAUUGUUCUUCCAAGAUCUUUCGACUCAACAAUGAUCUCAGUACAUCACCGUACGAAUUGGCACGAGGAGACAACUUCAAGGCCCUAGAAUGCCUCAUGAAUGAAACCGGUGCUUCGGAAGAGGCUGCGCGGGAACACAUCAUGCAUCAUAUGGUGCGUGAGACCUGGAAGAGGAUGAAUAAAGUCGCGUUUGAGGACUACCCAGUUCCCGGGCUUGGGCCUUUCUUCGGUGCUUGUUUGAACUUAGCACGAGUUUCUCAUGAAUUUUACCAAUAUGGAGACGGACUCGGCCUUCCCGGUCACGAAACCAAGGACCAUCUUCUGUCGACUAUAUACGAACCCGUGCCCCUCGAUUAGGCAUGCAUUAUCGACCAAGGUCCGACUUUUGGAGAGGAGCCUUUGAUCUUAUCUGUCUUCCUUAGCUUUGUGUGGUGGCUGAUUAAAUUGCA